GAAGAAUAAGAACAACAACAUCAAACAGACACAUUGUAAACAACCUGCCAUGUGUUUUUUACGCAAUUCGGUGCUUAUCAGGGUCCGCACGACGACAACAAACUAGUCCUGCUAGAGAACGUAAGACCUCGACCACUUAUCUGAUCGGAGAUUUGGAGCGACGGCCGAGCGAUCAGUUACCAACAGUGUACGAUCGAGAAUCAGACGAUCCAGUUGUCUGUUUGUUGUCGAGAAGCUUGGGAUUGACGAGACAUCCUGUGACCAUCCACCAGCUACAAGACCCGUAGAGUGCAGAAUGGCCGAACUAAACGCUGAAUUCCGCGGCUAUCGCUCGCCGCUGAGCACGCGCUAUGCUAGCAAGGAGAUGCAGUACCUGUUCAGCGAUCAGCACAAGUUUUCCACCUGGCGCAAGCUAUGGAUCCUGCUGGCGAAGGCGGAAAAGGCGCUGGGAUUGGACAUCAGCGAGGCACAAAUCGCGGAGAUGGAAAAGCACGUCGACGACAUCGACUUCAAGGCGGCCGCGGCCGAGGAAGCGCUCACCCGGCACGACGUGAUGGCGCACGUGCACGUGUUCGCCAAGCAGUGCCCGCUGGCCGCACCCAUCAUCCAUCUCGGGGCCACUUCCUGCUUCGUGGGCGAUAACACGGAUCUGCUCGUUCUGAAGGACGCGCUGGACCAGCUGCUGCCGAAGCUGGUGGGCGUCAUUAAGCAGCUGGCCCACUUUGCCAUGCAGUAUCGCGAGCUGCCCACGCUAGGCUUCACCCAUCUGCAGCCGGCCCAGCUAACGACGGUCGGCAAACGGUGCUCGCUCUGGAUCCAGGAUCUGCUGAUGGACGAGCGGGCGCUGCGCGCCUGUCGGGAUAAUUUGCGCUUCCGCGGCGUCAAGGGCACGACCGGUACGCAGGCCUCCUUCCUGCAGCUGUUCGCCGGCGACGGUGCGAAGGUGCGCCAGCUCGACCAAACCGUCACGCGGCUGGCCGGGUUCGAGCGGUACUACGCCGUCACCGGCCAGACGUACUCGCGCAAGGUCGAUCUGGAGAUUGUGUCGGCGCUGGCCAGCCUCGGCGCUACCGUGCACAAGAUGUGCUCCGAUUUGCGGCUGCUCGCCUCGCGCAAGGAGCUGGAGGAACCGUUCGAGCAGACGCAGAUCGGUAGCUCCGCCAUGCCGUACAAGCGCAACCCGAUGCGGUCGGAGCGGUGCUGUGCGCUGGCCCGCCAUCUGAUCACGCUGCAGGCGAACGCGGCCAACACGCUGGCGACGCAGUGGCUCGAGCGCACGCUGGACGAUUCCGCGAACCGGCGAUUGACGCUGUCCGAGGCGUUUCUGUCGGCGGACGCUUGCCUGCUGACGCUGCUCAACAUCUCGCAGGGGCUGGUCGUGUACCCGAAGGUGAUCGAGCGCAACAUCGCCCAGGAGCUGCCGUUCAUGUCGACCGAGAACGUCAUCAUGGCGAUGGUGAAGGCGGGCGGUGAUCGGCAGGUGUGCCACGAGAAGAUUCGCGUCCUGUCGCACGAGGCCGGCGCACAGGUGAAACAGCACGGCAAGGACAACGAUCUGGUGGAGCGUAUCCGGGCCGAUCCGUACUUUGCGCCGAUACUGGGGCAGCUGAGCAGCAUACUCGACCCGAAAACGUUUACGGGCCGGGCAGCGGAACAGGUGGUUGAGUUUGUGACCGAGGAAGUGAACCCCGUUGUGGCGCUUUAUGCGGACAGGGUCGUUACCAAAUCGGCGCAGCUGAACAUUUGAUGGAAGAGCGGGACGAGGGAACGGUUUUAUGUUGCAAUAAAGAUUUCUUUUGCUCCAAAUUAA